AUGUCUAUUUUGCAAAUACAUAUGUCAAAAAGAUAUAAUAAUAAUUUGUUAACAGGUAUCAUAUUUAAAUUGGUCAUUAUUUUUUCAGAUAAAAUAGAGCUUGGGAAUAUAUCAAGAGUCAUAUAUGAAAUAAUAGAUAUACUGAUUUGUGAUGCAAAAGGCGAGCCAAACAAAGAAGCAAUUAAACUUCUCUUCAAAUGCAUUCUCCCAAAACUAGUAUCUGCGUCUGUUGACUGUAGAAAUGCUAAUAAUCUUGUCAGAGCUUCAUAUGUUACAUAUUCAGGAUUGCUCUUGAGCAAAUAUAGCAAAGCAGCAUUGUCUGGAUACAGUAUUCUUCUGCAACAUCUUUGUUAUACUUUAGAUGGUCUGGAACGCGCUGAAGUCCGAUCUGCUCGUGUCUCACUAGUAGUUGGCUUAAUGAGUUUAUUGCCACACAAAAGUUAUCGCAGUACUGUUAAAUGGUUGCUCAAAUUAUCAACAACUUCAAAGAUAUCACAUCGUCAAAUUGCUCUGGAAAUGCUGUCAACUUUGUUAAGUAAUGAACCAGAAGAAAAGAAGCCUGAUAUAGCUGCUCCCGAACAACCAAAUCCCCAUGAAAAUCAAGGUUUUUAUUAUCUUUAUAGGAUCUAUAAAUACAAAGUUAAACCAUCUUUUGAUAAAUACCUAGAGAAAAGUUUUUAUUUAGAUAAUAAACACACGAACAUGGCAAGUUUCAUAUUUAUAAUAUUACAUAUUUUAGUACAGUAUAUUAAUCACAAAAUAUCAGGUAUUAUGCAUGGCCAUAUUAUUUAGAUAUAUGA